CAUAAACAUUAAUUAGUCAAAAUGAAGUGGUUCGUGCUAAUUGGGAUCCUCUCGGUAGCUUUUGCAAAGCACGAGAUGUAUAAAGGAUGGAAAUCCUAUUACAUCGGAGUCUCCAGCGUCGACCAGUCCAAAGCCCUAGGACCUUUGAUACAGAAGUUUGAGCUGGACUUCCUAAGCCACCCUGCCGAGGGCCGCGAGGGUGUGGUGCUGGUGAAGCCACAGCAUCAGGCUGCCUUUGUACAGGAGUUGGAAGCUGAAGGUAUCGCCUACAGGAUCCACGCUGAUGAUGUGAAGGAAAAACUGGACUUCGAUGACCAGCUCAUAGAAGCACAAAGGCGAUCUACAAUGUCGAGGAACGGAGGCCGUCAGCUGCCUUAUGACAACUAUCAGGAACUCGAAGUGAUCGAAGAUUACCUGGACUACAUUGGAGAAACAUACCCGGGCGUUGCAACAGUAGUCACCGGAGGACAUUCCUUCAACAAUCACCCAAUUAAAUACGUUAAAAUCUCCACAACGAAUUUUGAAGAUGAGACCAAACCGAUAAUCGUUAUUGAUGGGACAAUCCACGCUAGGGAAUGGAUCACCCCUCCCACAGUAACUUGGGCUAUACAUAAGCUGGUGGAAAAUGUCACCGAACCUGACCUCUUGGAAAGAUUCGACUGGAUCCUGGUGCCUGUUAUCAAUCCUGAUGGGUACAAGUAUACUUUUGAUAAGGAACGGUUUUGGCGCAAAACCAGAUCUUUUGACACCCAUCCACUCAGCCUCAUCUGUCGAGGAGUAGACGCGAACAGGAACUUUGAUUUCGUUUUCAACACAGUCGGAACUGACUGGAGCCCUUGUGGGGAGACUUACCCAGGCACCCAUGCCUUCUCCCAGCCAGAAACCAGAGUCAUCAGGGACAUUUUACAUGAAAACUUGGCUCGGAUCGCUCUGUAUAUCAACCUCCACAGUUUCGGAAGUAUGAUCAUGUAUCCGUGGGGCCACGACGGAUCCCUGUCACAGAAUGCUCUUGGUCUUCACACAGUGGGCAUCGCUAUGGCCAAUGCUAUCCAAAAUAAAGCCUUACCACACUUCCCAAAGUAUAUAGUUGGUAAUACUGGGCUGGUUGUACAGUAUUUUUCCGCUGGUGCGGCUUCGGAUUACGCUCAUUACAUUGGCGUGCCAUUAGCCUACGGCUUUGAGUUACCUGGCCUUGAAGAGAGUUACGCUGGAUUCCAUUUGGACCCUAAAUACAUUGGACAGGUUUGCCAAGAAACGUGGGAGGGUUUCGUCGUGGGCGCAAGACGAGCUGGUGACUUGUUUCCAAAUAAAAAAUGA